CUGCCGGGAAGAACAGCCAACGACGUGAAGAACUACUGGAACUGCCACCUCAGCAAGCGGCUCGGCCCUCAAGACGUCGACCAAACUCAAGACACCAAGCUCCAGCUCGCCGCCAACCCUUCCCCGGCCUCCCCAGGCGCUGCCGUCGAGAUAAUCAGGCCACACCCAAGGAGCAUCUCCGCCGCCUCAGCAAGGCCGCCGAGCCCCAACUACGGCGCCUUUCAAGAAGAGCAGGGCAGCACGUCGACGGUGCCGCCGCCGCCGCCGUCAAUGCUGUUCGUGGAGGACAACGGCGGGGAGAGCAGCAGCUGGGUGAUUCACAGCAGCAAGGGGAAGGAUGGAGGGAUGGGGAUGGGGAGCUGUUGCUAUCAGGGGAUGGAAGACCAUCAUCAAGUCGGCGGGAUAUUGGCCGGCGGCGGCGCUGUCGCCGGCGAGGAGAUGAUCGGGAUGGACUUCCGGUUCGAGCAAGUUCAGGUGAGCUGCGGUGACGAGAGCUGCAGCAGCAAGUGGGAUUGGGAUGACUUGAUCUGUGACAUGGAUCUUUGGGGGGAGUCCCUCUAG